GUUAAUAAAAUAAUAUUGAAAAGUAGUAAGCAUGAAAUGAAAAUGACAGUACAAGCACAAGUGUCUGUACGUAAAGAAAUGAAGACACACAAGCUGCUACACUUGCUCCUUUUGCUGUCAUUAGUGAUGCCCCUCACAGCUCAUGACCAGACCUGUCGAUUCCUUGGCUCCAUGUUGCUCAUAAACAAGUUUGAUAAUUGCUCUGACAUUUCAUAUCCUCAGUCGGACAUGUUCUACUUGAAACUGGGCAUGGCACCUAAAGCUCUGGACCUAGAGGAAUGCAGAUCAAUUAACUCUAUGAACUACACUACUACCCUCGGAGACAUGUGUGCCUCACGUAAGAGAAACAAAACGAUCACGGAGUCUCUUAUGAGCGUUACUUGCCCAUCAUAUCGUAACGUUUAUGUUAGUGGGCCACUGGGGAUUUGCAAGGAGGUGUUUAAUAGUCUUGGAUACUGUGUCACCCUAGAGUCGUACAAUGAAACUGUCACCACCAAUGAAACUUUUUUGUAUAAUAAAUCGAGUCUUAAUGAAACUGUCAAUCGAAUUCAAACCACUUUGGGCAAAUAUUUUCAAGUUAUUGAUCGGACACUAGUCGGAUCUUUUUUCAAGGACCGUGGGCAAAGAUGUCUUUGUUUGGACUCUUACAAGAAAUGGCUGUGCUCUAGCAGUCUAAAUUUGUUUAAUGAAUCCGACAAUUCAUCAUGUUCCAGUAAACAGGUCACUGACAGUCCGGCUAGCAAGACACUCCUGUUGACUAAACCGUGCCUGAGUGUGUGUCAGAGGGUGGUCCAGUCCUGUCCCUAUUACCUCCCUUCGAGCUUUCAGAUUGAUGUGACAAGCAAUGACACUAAGGAGGUUGUGUACGGAGGCUAUCCCGCUUUCGACUGCCCAAGACCAAAUACGCUGACCAAAUUGUAUAGCUGCAAUGGAACCUGUGGUACGUGCAAUGGAACCUGUGAUACGUGUACAUAUGCUUGUCCUGGUUGUCCUUGCCUUGGAUACAGUAGUGGAGCAGCACUAUCUAUACAUAGACUUUCACUAAGAACAGCAUUCGUAUGGACACUUAGUUUGGUUGCGUACUGUAUAUUUCUUGUGAGUUAGUUUUUUGACUUCAAUUAAUUUUAUGUCCUUUUUAUAUGCCACCUUUGUAUUAAAAAGUUAAAAACAUCAGUAUAAAAAUAAUAAUAAAAAUUAAA